CCGCAAUGACACGUUUUCUAUCUAUUUCUAUGGCGGUGACUCUGCUCAGUAUUCGUCGAAAUCAUACGAUCUAACUCAUUUACUUGAUCGUAUUAAUCGAGGAAGACAUGGUAUAAGAACAAGUGAAGUUUUGAAAUAUUAUUUCAUCAAACUGUUCAUAUUAAUGUUCACUGUGUGCUCUAUAGCUCUCUUUUUCGAGUGGCAUGUACUUCUCUACAACUUUUACUAUGGCCCCUUUCACUUGAAUAAACGCGAAUUCGUCCGAUUUCUCAAUAAUUAUACUGGCACAAGAAGGUCAUUAUUUCCUCGUCAAGAAUAUUUUCAGUUGGAAUUGAGCGAUGGCAUCAUUAUGAACCAUCCAUAUGAUGUCAGACAGUAUGUUAGUUCCGUCCGUACAAAAGAAUCGUCGAUUUAUUCGUUCAAAUUGGUUAGAAAUGUCUUAGAUAAAAAAGAACGGCAGGGUCGACUAUUUGUCAAAGUGCCCACCAUAAAUAAACCAGACUUUUAUGCUGCACGUCUUCCCUUCACUUUUCGCUUGUUCAACAUUCGUACCUUGCAAUGUAUCGUGCGCAAUCUCGGAGAUACUUCAGUUGAAAAAGAAUCUCGAACGUGGGUAGAAAAAGUGAACUAUGUGAAGUACAUUGACAGUACUUAUGAUCAAAACGCAACUCAUUUCAAUAAAAUGGUGCUAUCUAACUGUUCGAUUACAAUCGGUUUCGUCUACUGUCCGAAAGGAGAGCGUGCUUUUUUAGCAAGCUAUCCGCUUCAUUCUUAUAAGUUCACUCAUCAGGAUGUGGCGAUUAAUGCAUCUAAACCCUACUAUCCGUCUUUCGCAAAGGUAUUAUCUCUUUUCGCACUAGUGCUUUUCAUUGGAUGUAUUAUUUGGUUUUCCUGCACUGUAUUUAUCCAGCUGAAAGUUGCAUAUGUAUCUACCAUAUUUUUUUUUGUUCAUCACACGGUCGAAGAAGAACUCAUGUACUUCAAACCCGAUAGUACCCUGAAUAUUUUCAGAAUGUUGCUCACAUUAGACGAAGAGGUUGCAAAGACGACUAAUGAAAACAAACAUAAAUCAUCACUUGUCAUGGUUAUUGAUGGUGGUAACACUAUUUUGUUGAUGAAAAUAGAUCUACACGAGAAACGGCAACACAUUCUCCAGCAAUAUCAAACACAAAGUCCUUUCUUAGUCAUACCCGUUGUUUUGGUCCAUGAAAUAACUGAAAAUGGUAUCCUCAUUAACAACGAUUUUAAUUCAAGAAAUUGCUCGUGGAUUAAAUGGCCCGACCUCAAGCAGAACUACCAUGAUUGGUUACACCAGAAAUUGUUGGCUGUCAAUCAGGAAUAUAAACAGCGGUAGGUGUUCAUUGCACUUACAUAAGUACAUCACUUACAAUUCUAAUUUCUAGAACACUGAACGAUUCAAAUGUCGAAGAAGCACGAAUAUUAGCUGGUACGCAAGAACGUCGGCUAAUGGCGCUGUUAAAAGAAGAAGAGCAGCAGUUAGAAAAACUAAAUCAGGACGAUGUGUCACGGCUACUAGAUAUUCUUGGCAAUAAAAAGAAACCAGCUACACCUUUGUACAUUGCCAGACUACGCUUGAAACCAAAACGAUUCAUCACCGAGCAAAUGUUAACUCAGAACUUAGAGAAAUGCUGUGUGGAUUUAGAAAAUUUUACACGAGGACAAUCGUAUCUUGUAUGGCCGUGUUUAUCCACCCAAACGGGCAAAAAACAACCGACACACAUAUUUCACCGAGAAUGCAUGCUCAAAUGGUUGCGUCAUGAUAAUAAAUGCCCGCUAUGCCGAUAUGAAGUCGAAGGUGUUGACUCAUCGAUAAUUCCUGUAUCCAUGCGCCUGUCAUUGCGAAGACUAUUAUCAGCUUGGAUGACUAGAAGCGAAAAUGAUAAUCACGAGGAAUAA